CAGCAGAUAGUCUUAUUAGAUCAGAGUUUCACUGAACAAGAGAAGAAAAUGUUUCACACGCUUGUUUUGCUCUGUUUGUGUUGUCUGGUUGGUGUGUUUGCUGCUGAAACAAAUGAAAUACAAUCAGUGCCAGUAAUGGAGGGAGAUUCUGUCACUUUAUACAUUGAUGCUGCUGAAGUACAGAAAGGCGACAAUAUACUGUGGAAAUAUGGAGCUGAAAAGCAUAUUAUAGCUGAAAUCAGUAGAAAUUAUAAAUUGUUCAUCACAUCUAAUGGUCCUGAUGGGAGAUUCAGAGACAGACUGAAGCUGGACAAUCAAACUGGAUCUCUGACCAUCACAAACAUCACAACUGAACAUGCUGGACGUUAUGAACUAGAGAUAAGAGGAGUGGAUCUGACAACAAAAACUUUCAAUGUUUCUGUCUAUGUUCGUCUGCCUGUUCCUGUCAUCAGCAGUAACUCUUCACAAUGUUCAUCAUCAUCAUCAUCUUCAUCAAAUUGUUCAUUGGUGUGUUCAGCUGUGAAUGUGAGUCAUGUGACUCUCUCCUGGUACAAAGGAAACAGUUUACUGUCCAGCAUCAGUGUGUCUGAUCUCAGCAUCAGUCUCUCUCUACCUCUGGAGGUGGAAUAUCAGGAUAAAAACACCUACAGCUGUGUGCUGAACAAUUCAUUCGCUAACCAUACGAGACACCUGAACAUCACUCAACUCUGUCCCACAUGUGCAGAUGGCCUACCUUUAUUGCCCAUAGUGUUGAUCUCUGCUGCUGCCUCUGGUUUUCUCUUGAUUCUAGCUGCUGUCAUUGGGAUCUUCUGCAUCUGCAGGAAACAAAGAAAAACAGUCCAGAGACCGAAAGAAGACGGAACUGAUUCAGCGUUGCGUAAACCAAAAACACGACAAAAGAAAUCGAAGAAUGAUGCAGUGUAUGAAAAUGUCCCCAAAAAAAAGAUGAUCAAAUACUGUGAAUAAUGGAAAUAAGUCCCCCUGCUUUACACUUUUGGUUCCCUUUCGAGUCUGUCUCUCGACACUGCAUCAUAGCUGACGCUUGGGGUUAUCACCUCUUUCCUCGAAACUACUGAAGCCUUAUGAAAUCUUAAGAAAGACUAUCAAUGGCGUUUAAACUCGUGAAAUUGAGAUGGGCUCCCCCACGCUAUGAGGCAGUGCUGAAUGGCAUUGCCUCAGAAUCUUUUCCUUCAGCUACAAGAAGCCAUCUACAGCUCGCCGUUGAGGUACGCUCAUCCAGGAGAUGGGGCCUUGAUUGCUGCAGCGUUCCAGUGAGUAUUACUUUUCUUUCAGAUGCCUUCUGGACCUUGUGUUUCUGCCUGGGUGAUGCCCACUCGGAAGCGGUGCGGCAUGAGUCCAUCUGCCCUCAUUAACAGUGAUGGACCUUAGAAAUUCUGGUAAUGGGCUCAUGCCGACUAAGUGUACGCAUUACUCUCACCCAACCCUUCAGGAUAUAGCCCUGCUUCUCAAGGUUCAGUCGCCCACUCUUCAUGUUAUAAGCAAGCCCCCCAACUUAGGGCAGUGGUCUGCUGUGUACUGAAACAAAGUUCUCUUCCCUGAGAGGAGGAAACGAGGCAAUGUGUACGCUGCCGUGUUACAUAGCUCAGAGUCUUUGUCAGCUGCACUCUGCUUCAGUCCAAGAUUCUGAGGCAAUAGUGAUGAAUUCUCCCCCGUGAGAUUUCCAACAGUAUCUCAUGACCAAGGUUUAGGGGCGGGGUUAGGGGUAGGUCAUAUGUAUGAAUUCAUACGAAUUUGGCAACUUGUAAAAUACUUACGAUUUAGCAAAAAACUAAUUGCUGUGAGAUCAGGUUGGAAAUUUCAUAAGGCUUCAGUAUUAUUAUUAAUAUUUAAUUCAUUUUUCCAGGAGCUCAUUGCUUCUAUCUUAAAGUUAAAUGCUAACAGUGUUUGUAAAUUAAUUGCCCAAAUUAUUACAUUAUUUGCUAACUGCAUUCUUCUUUAAAUUGUAAUUUUGA